GCAGCACACAUGAACCUCAGCGCUGCCGCUGCGCACGGAGUUGACUACCCGCUGGUUCCGAGACUUCAUAUUUGUUCCUCUCAUUAAAUUCAGAAGAGGGCAAGGACAUGACAGGAUGCUCCCCGGUCAUUUCUACGGUCUGACCAGAAAAGCGUAGGAGGAGGGCUGAGCCGCUUGCUAGUUGUAAGCUGCUAACGUUAACUGUUAGCUAGCUUCCAGGCUAAUGGUUGCUGGAUGGUGAACGGAGCCCGGUUCUGCUUUGUGCAGUCAGUUAGCUAACGUUGUGCAUAGCUGGCUUGCUAGCGAAGGUCGGAAGGACUAACGGUUAGCUGGUAGAUAAGAACACUUAGUUAACCAUUCAGCAUCAUUAGUGUGUCAUUUGUCUUGAGGUUGCAGGUCAGUUUUGUUCUCAUCCAAAAGAAUACUUAACAUUUUCUUGUUUUACAAGUUUAUUAAUUUUACAACAAACGCGUAGGAGUAGGGCUGAGCCCUUUUAGAACAUAAUCGUGGAUGUUUGUUAGCAAGCAGGCUGGGUAUUCUGCUAUGCUAACGCCAGCUCAGUGAGACCUCGCAUCGUAGGGGUGCGGAGCUCCAGGCGAGUCAAGGAAGGAAGAGAGGUGACUUAUGAUGAGGGCUGGGCGAAGUGGCGGACAGUUAGGCGAAGGAGAGCAACAGUAUUAGCUAGAAAACCUUGUAAUUGUCUUAUAUUAGUCCUUGUCGAGCUAGGGCCAUAACGUCCACCAAUCUGUGUGGGACGUCGGAUGAAGAAAAGAAUUGGGGCACUUUGAUUUGCGAGCUGGCUAAAUGAAUAGUACUGGUAUUAACUGAGUCGUGAACUGGUGGCCACUGUGCCAGUUUCAGGGGGAUAACUGUCAACAUUAUCACAUUAACUGAAAUUACCAGCUUUUAUAAAGAUGGCUUCGGCGAGCAGCAUUGCAGCAUCCAUUGCCAGCAAAACGAAGACCAAGAAAAAGCAUUUCGUCGCUCAGAAAGUGAAGCUCUUCCGUGCCAGCGACCCUCUGCUCAGCGUGCUUAUGUGGGGAGUCAACCAUUCGAUAAAUGAAUUAAGCCACGUUCAAAUUCCUAUUAUGCUCAUGCCAGAUGACUUCAAGGCCUAUUCCAAGAUUAAAGUGGACAACCACCUCUUCAACAAGGAGAAUAUGCCCAGCCAUUUCAAGUUCAAGGAGUACUGCCCUCUGGUGUUUCGAAACCUCAGGGAGAGGUUUGGCAUUGACGAUCAGGAUUUCUUGAACUCUUUAACCCGCAGUGCCCCCUUGAACAGUGAAGCCCAGGGAAGGAGUGGGGCCCGCUUCCACACCUCUUACGACAAACGCUAUGUUAUAAAGACCAUCAGCAGUGAGGAUGUGGCUGAGAUGCACAACAUUCUAAAGAAAUACCAUCAGUUCAUUGUGGAAUGCCAUGGCAACACGCUGCUGCCUCAGUUUCUUGGGAUGUACCGGCUUACUGUGGAUGGAGAUGAGACCUACAUGAUUGUUACACGAAACGUCUUCUCCCAUCGCCUUUCUGUCUACAAAAAAUAUGAUCUCAAGGGUUCCACUGUGGCAAGAGAGGCCAGCGACAAGGAGAAGCAGCCGCCCCCACCAGAGGAUGUGCCCCCGCGGCCCAAAUCUGGUAACGUUCAGCAAAGGCUGCAAACACUGCGGAUUGCAACGCGCUUUUACUGCGCCAUGAAACACGUAAGAGAUGCAAAGGAGCUGCCCACCUACAAGGACAAUGACUUCAUCAAUGAUGGGCAGAAGAUCUACAUAGAUGGAGAGAACAAGAAAAUGUUCCUGGAGAAGCUAAGGAAAGAUGUGGAGUUCCUUGCCCAGCUAAAGCUCAUGGAUUACAGCCUGCUGGUGGGGAUCCAUGACGUGGAGCGAGCUGAGCAGGAAGAGGUGGAGAGCGAGGACAACGAGGCCGAGGAGGAGGGCGAGAGUGACGGAGGGGGCAUUGGGACGCCCCCUGACAGUCCCAGCAACACCCUGGACAGCACCAAGCCUCUGUCUCCUGGAGAGUUUGACCCCGCCAUCGAUGUUUACGCCAUCAAAAGCAAUGAUAGUGCUCCCAGGAAGGAGGUUUACUUCAUGGCUGUCAUAGACAUCCUGCAGCAUUAUGAUGCCAAGAAGAAAGCUGCCCAUGCCGCCAAGACUGUCAAACAUGGGGCCGGAGCAGAGAUAUCCACAGUGAACCCUGAGCAGUACUCAAAGAGGUUUUACGAUUUCAUCACCACUAUCCUUUCAUAGCCUCCAAGAGCAACAGGAGGCCCAGAGGCACAUGGGAAAGGGAGGGCAAGUAGGGAGCGAGGUGAAGACGACAAGUGACGGAGAGAAAACCAUGGAGAGGCUGGUUAAUCAGGUGCUGUGACGGCGUCGUUCGCUCUCACUCGUCCGUUCUCUUCUUCUCUCCCUGUUCGUUCCUCUCUUUCAGUGGGGUGCCACACUCUGCAGCUAAAAACCAUAAUUCGUUUACAUUUAACCUGUCCUCUGUUGUUCAGUUUUGUUCAUGUUACUUUGGAUAAUAAGGGUGUUGAAAGCAAGUGUCCAAGUUUUUUUUUUUUUUAUUUUAUAUAAUGUGUUUUGUCUGUAUGGCAAUUUAUGUGGGAAUAUAGCUUUUUUUAAUUACUUCUAACAUCCAGCACCCUGCUUUUUUUUUUUUUUUUUUUUUUUUUUUUUUUUUUAUGUACGUAUGUAUGUAUUCAUUUUUCCCUUAUGUUGUUUCAGGGAGGUUUGGGAGGGUGUGUUAUAGUGUGAGGUCAAGAAGGGGGAGUGCAGAUGUCAGAUUAUAGCACAAAGUGAAAACCCACUCAUAGAGACGAGGCUUGAAUGUGGAGAAUUUAAAAACAAACAAAAAAAAAACAUAUGUUGAGCCUAAUCUAAUGCAAUUGCUUCGUUUCAAGGAGUGGGAAGCAGUCUUCCAAUAGGCCAACAGCCAGAGCCCAUCCAAAUACUAUACAAGAGCUCAGCCAAACAAAUCUUCCCAUUUAGGUUCCUCCCCCAAAACACUCACCCUUCAGACCCCGUCCCUUCCCCUCUCAUUCCUUUGUUAAUCGAUAGAGCUUCUGGGUUCCUCUUGCCACUCACUUAAGGUGCAUUUCUUUUGCUCUUUUGCAACGCGCGGCGCUGUAAGAACAAAUAAGAGAAGUAGAUUUGCGUUGGGGUUUUUUUUGUUUUGUUUUGGUUUUUUUUGAAUGAGGGAUUCAAGCACACGUCUGCGCUUUAUCUGCUUUGACUUGGACUCAGUUCUUCAGGCCUGGUUUCUGUUCCCGCGGCAGAGACCGACCCAGAUGACUCGCGUGGCUUCGGCGAUAGAAAAAUAAGUCACCCCUUUGCUAUAUCCUAUCAGAUGAAAAACAUCAGCAGCCCUUAAGUUUCAGUUGCCAUCAGCACCUUAUGAGUAAAAUCAAAAAAAUGUUGCACUUUUAUUUGUCGUUAGAUGUUAGGAGUUCUUGUUCUGUUACAUGCGCUGCAACAAAGAGAAAGACAAACUCAGCUCUUAGAAUUAGAAGCUGCACACAGGCCUGAUCUCAAACCCCGUCCCAUCCACCGUCCUUCACCUCGGGGUUCCUCCUGUAUGUCAGACGGGAGCGUUCGACUGCAAUAUAUGUCAGGGGGAUAUAGGCGGUUUUAUAAACUCACCCUCACAGUUUACAGUGGUGGGGGGGGGUGUCGCGGCGGCGGGCUUUGAGACCAGGCCACGGUGCGACUACGCUCAUGCAUUCAGGGCAGACAGAAGACGGUUUACCUCCAGCAUCGUACCAGCACACACCAAGUGAUGGCAAACGGUGUGUGUGUCAGUGUUCCAGGAGAGAAAAAAACAAUAGAAAAGAGCGAUCAGAAAAGGGAGGGAGGGGGGGGGGGGGUUGGGAAGCUGUUUAGGUCAUCACCAUCGGUGUCGUUCUCUUCUCUAACCUCGACUGUGAGUCUAUUCAUCGUUAUUCGUGUUGUUGUUGUUGACAUUUUUUAAAGGUGGUUUAUCUGUGUUUGAAUUUGGCGGUUUUAUGAAAUGAUAUAAUAAUUUCUUUGUUUCUGUUCAUUUUUUUUUUUUUUUUUGUAUAUUUUGCACAUGAGGAAAGGAACCAAAUGUUACGAAUAUGAUCCCAAUUAGAUGAUACGGUCUUAACAAGGGAAAUGCAAUAUACUUGUGUGUAAGUUGUUGUGCGUGUGAUGUUGUGUAUCAUUUCUGGGUAACCAACUAAAACAAGUAAAAUCGUCCUCCAUGACUAUUCUAACCCAUGCGAAAAGCUUCCAUCGCCGUACGUUGUUUAGAUAUCAUAGAUUAUAUUCACAUUUAUAUUUUUACAUUGGAUUUUAGUCAUGAAAUAGAGUUGUAUUUAAAGAAAAAAAAAAAGGAGCCACCCUUCGGAAUGAAUGAUGGUGCUGUGGUAAAUGAAGAAUGAUUCUGCUUGAAUUUAUACAACGCUUACUAUUGAUGUACCAGAAAAGCAAAAAGUCUGAAAAAAAAAAAUUUGCAUGUCGCAGGACUAAGUUUCCUUUGGCCCCUCUUCUAGUGUGUGUAGUCGGCUGUUCAGAUUCUACUUGUGUCCCUUCACUCCAGCCAGAUUCGUGAGCUGUUCAGCAUUAGUCCCACCCAUGCUUUAAAUAACUGUUUUCAUUGUAUUACACUGUGCAAGAUGUGUGCCUUUAUACUCCGAAAUUAUUUAAUUUUAUAUUUUGUAAUCUUUUUUUAAAACAAAGGUAAAUGUUAUUUUAAUAAGAGGGUGUUUACUUUGACAUACAUUAUUCCAGACUUAAUUUCAGACCUUCUUUCGCUCCGACACUUGUGUAUUUGUCCCCGUUUAAAAUAAACCCAUUCUGAUGAUUGUUUUUUAACAGGAGAACAGUCUGAGGUUUCCGUCACAGUGGAUCUGUUUUUCGGUGUGUAAAUCUGAAUCCGUCGUCGUCCUAAAUAUUGUGCGAGGACGGCAUCUGAUAAUAACUUACCCUGGUUUGUUCAUGCUGGUCCUGCCUUUUUGUGUGUGUGUGUGUGGAAUUGCAUUGUGGAGUGUGCGUGUCGUGGUCGUGUUUUGUUGUGCUUGUUCUUGCUACUCGACAGCGCCCCCCUAACUCCAGGGGUCUGUCAGCAUCACAUUUACCCCCCACUAACAAGCCACAGUUUUAGUGACUGGCUUUUUUUUGUUUUGUUUUUUUUACUUUUCAGUGUUUUACAACCCUUUAAUGUACAACUAUUCUUGUCUGACACAUUUCUGUUCCCUCCGUCUCCUUUUAAUGUAACCCAGUUAACAUCUAUCCGCCUGCUUGUUUUCAGGAAACCUUGUGCGUCAGUGGUUCAUUUCUCUGUGUUCUUGCAUUAGAUGGGCUGUUUUGUUCCUCUUGUCACUCAGUUCGUAGUGUAAAGUGGUUGUGUCACUAAAAAUGAUGAGGGAACAUGAUCACCUUUGCGUCUGCUUUGCUCUGUUUGACCCCCGGAGGCUUAACUCAGUCUGGCGUAGGACAUGGAGCAGUGCAUGCUGGGAGACUGACUGUUUUUUUUCCCUCUUUUCUUUGUUGGAAUUCAUCUAACUCUGGAACUUGUGAGAGAAAGUGGCGGCGAUGCCAGACGUACACAGAUGCAAUGUAAAGACAAUGAUUACACACACGCCCUGCUGCUGUACAUACAAGGUCCAGUCCUUGCUUUUGUGACUUCUCUCAUGAAUGAGCUCUUCCAGCAGUAACCCCACCCGUCCCCACCCGGUCCUUCUAGUCAACCUGCUGCCACCACUAACUUGCCAAACGCAUCUUUGAGCAGUCAAAACUAGCCCAUACGAGCUUGAUGAACAUUGUGUAACAUACUGUGUCCGUUUCAACCGUUUUUUGUUUUAUUUGUACAGGGAAAUGGGGCGAUAUGUGCGUCGCUCAUAUGUGAACAUGUCUACAGUAACAAGCUAUGGCAAGCAGCCCUGUGUUCAGUCAUGUGGUUUAUCAAGUGGUAAGGGAAAAUUAGACAACUAAAUGGAAACCAGGCAGGAUCUGCAGGGCCCGGAGCAUUUGUUUUGGCCUCAAGUUCCAAAAUUAGCACAUUUUUAGCAGUAAAUUGUAAUUCUUAGAGUAUAUAACAGAAAUUGGAUUUUGAAUGCAAAGGUCAGCGUACACCAGGCCACCAAAGAUCCUCCUGCAGAAUCUGCUUGGGUCUCACAACAGCCCAGCUUUGGAGAGGACUUGAGCAUUAAUGUGUGUAUGUGUGAGUGUUUGUGUUUUGCUGUCUGACAGUGGUUGGUGCGAGUUCCCGUUCAGUGGCAGAGAGGCCAAAAUGAUGUUGUAUGUUUAUUGUUCACAUUUAAUAAUGAUGAUGAUAAUACACUCCAUUCCAUAAGCGUUCACUCAAACCAAUUAAAGCACUUGUUCAGCUUAAA